GCAGACAGCGGGGCAAGGAUGGGCAUCCACGGCAUCUACAAGGAAAUCGGCCCCGGGCGGCGGGUGGCGCUGUCGCGGCUCGCCGUCGAGACAUUCGAGCGAACGCGGCGGCCGCUGCGCAUCGCCAUCGACACGUCCAUCUGGCUGUUCCAGAUCCAGGCCAGCAAAGGUGGCUCCAACCCCGCCCUGCGCACCUUCUACUACCGCCUCCUGCGCCUCGUCUCGCUCGCCAUCCACCCCGUCUUCGUCUUCGACGGCCCCAACAAGCCGCCGUUCAAGCGCAACAAGCGCACCGGCCCGACCGUUGCCUCCAUCCCCGAGUUCCUCGCCAAGCAGCUGCUCAAGCAGUUCGGCUACCCCAUCCACCUCGCCCCCGGGGAGGCCGAAGCCGAGUGCGCCCUGCUGCAGCGCGAGGGCAUCGUCGACGCCGUGCUGAGCGAGGAUGUGGACACGCUGAUGUUUGGGAGUGGUAUUACUAUCCGCAACUGGUCGCCCGAGAAGUCGGGCAAGACGCCGACCCACGUCAACGUCUACGAUGCCGUCGAGACCAAGAACGGGCCGUCGGGCUUGGACCGCGAGGGCAUGAUUCUGGUCGCGCUGAUGAGCGGCGGCGACUACGUGCCCGAGGGGAUCCCCGGCUGCGGGCCGAAGACGGCCUGCGAGGCGGCCAAGGCGGGCUUUGGGCGCGACCUCUGCAGCAUCCCGCGCAACGACCCGGCUGCCCUGUCGCAGUGGCGCGAGCGCCUGCAGCGCGAGCUGAAGACGAACGAGAGCAAGCUCUUCAAGCGCAAGCACGGCGCCCUGAAGAUCCCCGACGACUUCCCGCGCCUCGACAUCCUCGGAUACUACACCCACCCCGCCAUCUCCACCCACGCCGGCCUGGCCAAGCUGCGCCGCUCCAUCAACUGGGACCAGGACCUCGAUUACCCCGGCCUCCGCGAGUUCACCGGCGACGCCUUCGACUGGGUCGGCCUUGAGGGCGCGAAGCACUUCAUCCGCAGUCUCGCCCCGCCCCUGCUUGUCCGUGCCCUGCGCAUGCGCGCCGCCCAGAUCGAGCGCCUGCCGACAGACAACAUCCAGGCCAUCCAAGAAGACGAGGCGCUGCUGGUCAAGGGCCUGCACGGCAAGCGCCAGCACCCCGUCACCGACAGCAGCACCGAGCUGCGUGUGAGCUUCACGCCUAUUGACCUUGUGAAGAUCAGUCUAGACGACGAAGCCCCCAACGACGACUUCGAGCUCCCGCCUCCGACUGGAGCGGAGGAUGAUCUGCCUGUGGAUCUGGAAGACGAUGCUGAAGACGGGCCCAAGAAGCGCGGCCCGACCAAGUUCGACCCCACCAAGCCCGCCAGGGUCUGGGUCAUGGAGACGUAUGUCAAGGUUGGCGUGCCGCUGACCGUGGAGGACUGGGAAGCCGCGCGACAGACGAAGCUGAAGCCUGUACGGGCCGCGAGUGGGGAGCCUACAAGGGCUGCACCAAAAGCCAGGACCGCACCAGCAGCCAGGAAGACCGCAGCACAGGCCCGUAUUGAGGGCUUUGCAAAGGUCACCAAGCCCGGGUCGAAAGCGUCGCGAACACUGAAGCCCCGCGACGCCGACAAAGCACCCCGACCCACGCUGAUCGACCUGCUGUCGUCGUCGCCCGCACAACCGCAGAGCAAGCCAGCAGUACCUACCCUCCGAGAGCUCUCUCCGCUGCUCGAAGACCUCCCCGCAAGCGUCACAAAGCGCCGCCGCCGCGCGCCCAUCCAGCGCUCGAAAACGCUCCCAGCCGACCUGAGCAUCGACCUCGAACACGACCACGACCACGCACCCGCCCUCGCCACAAUCGAGACCCUCGACCUCGUCACCUCCCCCUCCCCGCAAGCCCGCCCCAAGAAAGCUCGAACCCACUCCAUCCCCCCGUCCCCCUUGAAACCCCGCCAGACCACCCUCGACACCUGGCGCGCGUCCCAGACGCCCACGAAAUCGAGACAGAACGGCGUUUUCGACGACGCCCCGGUGCCCACGCCGGUACAGUUCCGCCGCCCGCGUGCGGACGUCGAGACGCUGGAUCUCACGCUCUCGUCGCCCGUGGUGCAGGUCCUGCCGCGGCCGAGGGCGCCGCUGGGGCGUGUGGCGGCGAAUGCGUCGCGGGAGGCGGAGGCGGAGGCGUCGCGGGAGUCUAGUAGCAAAGAAUGCAGAUCCACAGCCGCACGCCCCCGGCGCACGUCGCCGCGCCUCAGCAAGACGAGGGCGCGUGGCGGCGGGUGUGUGGAGACGCUGGAUCUUGUGGACACCGCUGCGCGACUGACGAAGCCGAAGCCGCUGCCGAGACCCAGGCGGACUGGGGCUGGGGCUGGAAAGCUGGGGCUGGCGGAGGCGUUGGAUAUGACGACGCCGCCGCAGUCUCCAGAUUUGGUUGCAGUCAUCCCGCAAGAACCCUCCCCAGAGCUUCCCUCAGACAUCCACUUCGCCCCAGCCCCAGCCCCAGCACCCCCUUCACCAACAACGACAGCGCCAACAAAGACAGCGCCAACAGCAGCAACCACGGCAACAGCGAAACCGCCCCUCACCGCCGAGCCACCCACGCCCCCGCCCCAGGCGCCGUGGAAAGCAAAAGCCGCCAAGAAGCGGCAGAUUCGGCUUCGACGCAGUCUGGCGGGGGCGUGGGCGUGGGUUGAUGGGGAUGAGGAUGGUGAUGGUGACGAGGAUGGAGAUAUUGGUGUUGAUGGUGGCGGUAAUGGUGACGGUGGUGUGGGUAUGGGCGGCGCUGUUGGGGGGCGAGGGGUAGCUGAGAAGGGCGGGAGAGAGGUCAAAGAGGGCAGAGGGAUAAGGGGUGGGGGGAAGGGGAAGGGGAGGAGGUGGCGCGAGAGCGAGGUCGAGGUUUUGGAUCUGAGUUGAACUCGUUCACAGUCCGCAGUCCAUGGUUCGCAGUUCGCAGGCCGCAGUCCGCGUUUCUAGGCUCUUGUACCGCACACUACACUCCUACAUUCCUACAUUCCUACCUACCCCAUACUCCCACACGACUAUACUCCUACACUGCCUCCACUGCAGUAUUAUAACUACUCUGCCGCCAGAAAAACAAUAAGAAAGCAAAAAAGCAAAAAAGCAAAUACAAAUAAAUAAACACAAAUAAAUAUUCAAAC